AUGCAGAUGAGGAAUGUUAUAAUCCUGGCUCUUGCCUCCACCAUGGCUGCACAAAAUGGCAUCGGCGCAGGCAUCUCGGGCAUCUUAGGCAGUGUGACGGGGGGUAUAGGCAGUGCUAUUGAUAGUGCUACAGGAGGGGUAGGCAGUGCCAUAGGUAGUGCUACAGGAGGCGCAGGCAGUGCCAUAAACAGUGCGACAGGAGGUUCAGCGAGUGCGACAGGAACUAGCGAAUCCUCCAGCGAGACCACCUCUGGAGCGGAAUCUGGGGCCAGUGGUUCUAGCAGCGGCAGCAACGGCGCUGGGGGAGUUGGAGGAAUUGGCGGCGCCACAGCCACCUCAUCUCAUAUGUCUCCUACUUCGGGCUCUUCGAGCAGCGGCGGUUCGUCAACUUCUACCGGCUCUUCUAGUACCAGUAAAGCUGGUGCUGCUUACCAAACUGCUGCUGUUGGUGCCGCUGCUCUUUUUGGCGGAGCUGCUAUCGCUGCUAUCAACUUAUAA